AUGCCGCUACCAGCGAAACAGACCUUACCACGGAACUGGCCCUCUUCGAUCACGUAUACUCCCAUACCAGUUCACUCGCCGAACCUCUCUUCAACGGAGCUUCGAACCCUCCAUCCGCCUCGAUCCACGUCUUCUCUGGUUCCAGCACUGAAAAUACCUCUGCAUUCUCCGUCGUAUAUCUCCAUCCUUCCGAUCACCACACCUGGGCAUCCGGCGAGAGGACAACACGGUCUCUUCGCCGCCGAGGACCUGCGGCCCGGUUCGCACAUUAUAUUCUAUAUUGGCUUCGUACAUGGGAACUCGGACAAGGAAAACCAUAGCACGAGCGACUAUGACCUGAGCCUUGUGCGGGAGGCGGUGAAACUUGGAGUGGAUGGCGAGCAGAUGGGCAACGAGGCUCGUUUCGUCAAUGACUAUCGCGGUGCCUUGGUCCAAGCACCGAAUGCUGAGUUUCGCGACGUAUGGGCCGAAUACGCCCAUGGCAAGGAGACGAGAAUAGAGAGAUGCAUUGCGAUUUUCGUAAGAGAGGCCGGCAAAAGUGGGAAAUGGAAGAACGGAAUCCGUAGAGGUGAGGAGAUUUUGGUAAGUUAUGGCAAAGGAUUUUGGGGCGCAAGGAAGGAAAUGGAUGAGGCAUAA